AUGCAAAUAUUUAAGCGUAAUCUUGACAUCGAUUUCACGACCGCCUGCCUUCUUUGUGUCUUCAAGCACCAUGCUGAACUUUUGGUACACCCAAUGACAACAAGCCAACAAAAUUCCGGAGAUGACGUUGGACUGCAUGAUUUAUUCGACGACCAAGACGUAUCAACUUCCUGUAUAACUAGUGAGAGUGGAUUUAAUGCUCUCGAGCUGAAUUCCAGCUCCGUUAAUAGUCAGCUUUGCCCAACAUACUUUUUAGUAGAGAAAGUGAUGCAAUCCAAGGCUUCUGCACAAAUGAAACUCUCGCAUCAACUAAACAGUGCCAUCAGUCUUUUAGAUUUAAUUCGCCACCCAACAAGUAUGCUACACUUUUGA